CAUAAUCGAUCCUACAUUUUAAUAUGACGUCUGUUUGUGUAUAUAUAUACCAGAAAUGGUCAUCUCACUUUCUAAGCAAAAUUGGCAUCCGGUAGCGCAACCCCAAAGUAAUCAGUAAAAGAUGUUAGCCUUGUCUCCUCCUAUGUUUUCAACCAUUGGAUGGCCCAUAGAUCAAGAUCCUACAAGCCACGAUUACUACAAGGACCAUAUUACCACUACUAAUGAUCAAACUGCAGAGUCAUCCUCCCUUCGUAUACUUCCAUCUGGUCGCCCACAGUCUGAGCUUGAUGUUUCCACACCAUCCACAACCAUAAGAGGCGAGUGCUCCAGCGUUUCCCCGGUGGCUAAGAAGCUUAACCAUAAUGCUAGUGAGCGUGAUCGUCGCAAGAAGAUCAACAGCUUGUAUUCCUCAUUGCGUUCAUUGCUUCCUGCGGAUCAACCGUUACAGAAAAAGUUGAGCAUUCCGAAUACAGUUUCGCGUGUGGUGAAAUACGUCCCGGAGCUCCAAAAGCAAGUGGAGGGAUUAAUUCGAAAGAGGGAGGAGCUUUUGUCAAGAAUAACUAAGCAAGAAAGUGCAUUGCAUGAGGAGAAGAACCAAAUAAAAAGUGCAGCUCGGAGCUCCUUAUCUGCUGUUUCAGCAUGUCAGCUUAAUGACAGAGAAGUAGCAAUUCAAAUUUCCUCCUUGAAGACCAAAAACAAUUUAUUAUCUGAUAUCUUGCUAAAUUUAGAGGAGGAGGGGCUUCAAAUCCUAAAUGCUUCUUCCUUCGAGUCGUCUGGAGGGAGGGUUUUCUAUAAUUUACAAUUUCAGGUGGAAAGAACUUACAGACUAGAAUGUGAGAGUUUAAGUGACAAGCUCAUGUCCUUCUAUGGACAAGAAUAUUAAGCAAAAGAGUAAUUUCCAUAAGAACUUUUUGCCGUAGAGAUGCAACGAUUAGUGGCUGGCUCAGUUGGGUUAACUUACUGCGGAAGGAGAUAUCCAUCUGAAAAGGCAAAGUUUGGGAAGGUGUGGUGACAGUGUUGCCUAAAAGAUUGUUCUUUUUGCUGUGGUGGUUUGAGGGUUAAUGUGACUCCAAAAAUUGGAAUCUAUUGUAGUAGAAAAGUAGGAGAAGUGAUAGUAUUAUGUGAAUACAUGGACUGUACUCUUCGGGAGUUUUUAAUUAAUAUAGAUUUUCUAUGUAUAGGAUUAUGUUGAAA